AAAGACAAAGAAGACCUGGAAGAAAUCUCAGGCGAACUCGGACUCGCCGACGAAGACCACAAAGUACUGUACAAAAUCGACGACUCCUUCUUCUCCCUGCCCGUCCCGGAAGUGCAGGAAUUGCUCUCUGCUUCGGUGGAGAGGAACGAUAGUGAGGUAGAGAAGGCGGAGGAGUACGCUAACCCGCGGAAACAUGUUGAUUAG